AUGAAGAAGAAGGUCAACAAUACAACCACGGAGAAAGAAAGUGGCUCCGCCACAUUGACUCGUGUCCGCGACAAUCAACGGCGAUCGCGUGCCCGCCGGAAAGAGUACAUUCAGCACCUUGAGGAACGGUUACGAUCUUUCGAAAGUCUUGGAGUGGCAGCAUCGCAAGAAGUCCAACAAGCGGGGAGAAAGGUUGCGAAAGAAAAUGCUCUUCUUCGAUCACUGCUCGUGCUUCGCGGCGUGACUCAGGAUGAAAUCGAAGUCUUUCUCAAGUCCCACGAAGAGUAUACUCCUGGAGGAAUGACCAGAUCAGCGUCAGCAAUAAGUUAUCCAGUGACGCCACAGAUUAGGCCGUCUAUGGUUCUUGGGGUUUCACAAGGGACUCCCUGUGAGAGCCCAAACACUUUGCCGUGGAGAGAGGUCAUCGAUAAACGAAUUGUCCCAGCCUAUGGCCGAUCUGUGGAAUUUCAGACGUAUGCCAAUCAACAAGAAUUGACAACGGGUCGACCGCCAACGAUACUUCCGGUCGACAUACCUGAUACUGCAUCUACACUUCAGCAGUUCAACGGAGAUCAUCGGGAGAAAGGUCACUUUACAUCGUGCGAGAGUGCAGCCAGAAUCAUUGCCGAUUUGCGAGGCUAUAGUGAUACCCAUGAGCUACGAUCAGAGCUUGGUUGUGGCGCAGAAGCAGAUUGUAUGGUCAAGAACUUGAAUCUCUUUGAGAUGUUUGAUAAAUAA